CCGCACACAUAUUACACACGUGUGCAUGCACAGCAGCCAUGGCGGACUUACAGAUGAAGCUGCUCCGCAAGAAAAUCCAGAAGAGAAGUGAUAAAGACAAAGAGCGCAAACUGUUGAAAACGCAGGCAGAAGACAAAGAGACCGCAAAUGGGUUGGAAACAGAACCCGAAGCUGCUUGUAAGCCUGACGACAAACCCAAGAAACCCCAGCAGAAACAGAAAGAGGGGACCCCCACUGAAGACGCUACUGCGAAGAAAAAGACCAAGAAUAAGAGAAAGCUCGUGGACACUUCUGGAUCACCAGUUGAGAAGAAAACCAAAACGGUGACGGAAGCAGACGAUGAAGAGGACGAUGAAGAGGAGGACGAUGAAGAGCUGGAGACUAGAGCAGCAUUAGCAGAUGGAGAACAGGAUGCAGACAAACCAGAGGAAGCUGCAGAUGAUGAUGAUGAUGAGAGCGGAGAGGAAGAUGAGGACAACAAAUCUGGAGAGGAAGAUGAUGAAGAGGAAGAUCAACCUGAAUUACCAUCCGGCUUAACGGGAGCGUUUGAGGACACAGCCUUUACCUCUCUGUCUGAGCUGGUGAGUGACAACACGCUGAAAGCAGUGAAGGAGAUGGGCUUUGAACACAUGACUGAGAUCCAGCACAAAAGUAUUCGCCCCUUGCUGGAGGGAAGGGAUGUCCUGGCGGCCGCCAAGACAGGAAGUGGUAAGACCCUGGCCUUCCUCAUCCCUUCAAUAGAGCUCAUCUACAAACUCAAGUUCAUGCCCAGGAACGGCACAGGAGUGGUGAUCCUCACGCCCACACGCGAGUUGGCGAUGCAGACCUAUGGUGUGCUGAAGGAGCUGAUCCAGCAUCACGUGCACACCUUCGGGCUGAUCAUGGGGGGCAGCAACCGCUCCGCUGAGGCCCAGAGGCUCGCCAACGGGGUCAACAUCGUGGUGGCCACACCGGGCCGACUGCUAGACCACCUGCAGAACACGCCCGGAUUCAUGUACAAGAACCUGCAGUGUCUCAUCAUUGAUGAGGCCGACCGGAUCCUAGAGGUGGGCUUCGAGGAGGAGCUGAAGCAGAUCAUCAAACUGCUGCCAAAGAAAAGACAGACCAUGCUGUUUUCAGCCACGCAGACCCGGAAGGUGGAGGACCUGGCCCGUAUCUCCCUGAAGAAGGAGCCGCUGUACGUGGGCGUGGAUGACAACAAAGACAACGCCACAGUGGACGGCCUGGAGCAGGGUUAUGUGGUGUGCCCGUCAGAGAAGCGCUUCCUGCUGCUCUUCACCUUCCUGAAGAAGAACCGCAAGAAGAAGCUCAUGGUCUUCUUCUCCUCCUGCAUGUCUGUGAAGUUCCACUACGAACUUCUCAACUACAUCGACCUACCUGUCAUGGCCAUCCAUGGCAAGCAGAAGCAGACCAAACGUACCACCACCUUCUUCCAGUUCUGCAACGCUGACUCAGGCAUCCUGCUGUGUACUGACGUAGCUGCCAGAGGACUGGACAUCCCCGAGGUGGACUGGAUCGUCCAGUACGACCCCCCAGAUGACCCCAAGGAGUACAUCCAUAGGGUGGGCCGGACAGCCAGAGGCAUCAACGGCAAGGGCCACGCGCUGCUGAUCCUCCGCCCCGAGGAGCUUGGCUUCCUGCGCUUCCUGAAGCAGGCCAAGGUCCCAUUGAGUGAGUUUGACUUUUCUUGGGCUAAAAUCUCUGACAUCCAGUCCCAGCUGGAGAAGCUGAUAGAGAAGAACUACUACCUUCACAAGUCAGCGCAGGAGGCCUACAAGUCGUACGUGAGAGCUUACGACUCCCACUCGCUCAAACAGAUCUACAGCGUGAACACCCUGAACCUCCCCAUGGUGGCGCUGUCCUUCGGCUUCAAAGUACCUCCAUACGUCGAUCUGAACGUGCACGGUGGUAAAGGAGGAAAGCUGCAGAAGAGAGGCGGUGGAGGUGGCUUUGGAUACCAGAAGUCCAAAUUUGGGCAAAAGUCAAAAGUCUUUAAGCAUGUGAGCAAAGGAAAGGGGGGUGACAAGAGGCAGUUCUCCCGCUGAAGACCGAACAGUGAACUCCUGGACUGAUUCCUCCUCUGUGUAUUUAAAGAACCGCCUUUUUUAGUACAUGAACUUCCUGCUUUGUUAGGGAAGGCUCCGGCUUUCCUAUAUGUGUAAAUGUAUUGUGUAACUGUGAACAAACAUCAUCGGGGUGUGGUGUGUUAAAGCUGCAUUCCAAUGUGAACUUCCUGUUCCGGAAUAUUAAAUCUGUUGACUUUAAAUAUGUUAAGUUUGACUCGUAUCAUGUAGACUUUGCUCAUUACAAUGAACUAACCUGAAAUAAACCAUGAGGUGCUGA